UUUGGCCUGAAAACAAAACCCCAUCAUAAACCCUGAAAGAACUACUCACUUCAAACUCUCGCAGCUCAAAAAUGAGCCGAAGACAUUUGAAAACUCUGCUCUUGCACUCAAUCUCCACCAUGUCAUCGUCCCCUCUUAAAUCCAACCCCCUUUUCACCACAAGUCAAUCACAAGCCUUCCCUUCUCCAUCCAAAUUCUUUCACCAAAAUCUCAAACUUUGCCAGGCCAGAUUCCUUUGCACUUCUUCGCCUGACAAUCUCGAUGGUCUGGUCGAUCCUGACGACUUGUCAAUGCCUGGGAGUUCUGGAGUUGAGUCUAUUUCGGCAGAGGAAUUCGCCUCUUUGCGCGAUUCGGUGUUAGAUACCAGUGCCGGUGAUGGGUCUUCAACGCCUAAAUUUGAAUCAGAUAAGUUUUCUAAUAAUGCCAUUUUGAUUUCGAAUAAGAUUAGGAAUUAUAAUGAUGCGUUUGGUGACCAAACCCAGAAGUUUCUUAGGCAGUUUAGGGAUAAUCUGAAUGAAACUCUGGUGAUGGAAGUACUGAAGCUUAUUCGAUAUCCUGAAUUAGGUGUGAAGUUUUUCAUAUGGGCAGGUAGACAAAUUGGGUAUAGUCACACUGGUCCUGUGUAUGAUGCCUUGUUAGAGUUAUUGGAGUGUGGUAGUAAUGAUAGAGUACCAGAACAUUUUCUCCGAGAAAUUAAGGGUGAUGAUAGAGAGGUGAUCUUGGGUAAGGAGAUCUCUCUUUUUUGAGUGAGCCGAGCCCAUGUGUAUUUUGGUUUUAGGGAUCGGGUAGUAUAGCCACCCUAUCCGUAGCCGAUAAGGCUCCUUGGCGCCAAAUUUAUGAAUUUUUUUGGUAUUUGAGUGGGAACGACGUGGCGCGGGUGGAUUGGCUGAGCGGUAGUGUAUUUAAUGGCCUCUGUCAGUAGGCUUUGUCAAAGUGUCGCGUCGCUCCAUCGUGCGGUCGCUUCGAAUGACGGCUCGCAAGGGGCAACCACGUGUACGCAUCUUGGCAAAGGAUUUUCAAGAUAGACGGUGGAGAUGAUCGGGUGGUUUUACAUAAAUGGAAGGGGAGGCCAGUUUCGCUCCAGGUUCCGAUAUCUCUGCCAUUAUUGCCGUGCGAAAGCACUGAGUAUUUUUCUGCGGAGAAACGAGUUGUGCACCACAGUCAGCAAUGGAAAUUCCUGUGUGAAUAAGCAGUAGAGCAAAUGCCGAGCCGAUCAGACAUGUCUGAUUCACAAGAAACACAGAGCAGAGGGUCGCCCUUUAGACGUGGUAGGGAGGAUGAAGUGGUGGAGCAGAUGUACGAGGCAGCCGACAAGAUGGGGGAAGAGAUGCUUACUGGGUUUGACGGGAAUUUUGAAUACCGACGGGUUGGAGGGGAUGGGCCAGACGAUAUAGGUAGAGCUGAGGAAGGCGAAGUAGGUAUUGCCGAGCAGAUCGAGGUAGAGACUGCUGCGCAGGCAGAAGUUGGCAUUGCCGAUCAAGGUGAGGUAGAUACUACCGAGCGUAGAGAGGUAGGCACUGCCGAGAAUGAGGAGUUAGGUACUGCCGACCAGGGCGAUGUAGGCACUGCCAAUGAAGGGGAGGUCGGUGAUGUAUGGUCGGCUGAUGAGUAUCCGAGCACUAUUACCCGGAAGCGGUUACGACGGCUGAGGGAGGAAUACUCAAUUCCGAGCAGUAUAAGGCUCCGAGCACCGACCAAGAAUGAGAAACCGAGCACACCACCCCUUGAAUGGGUGACUUUGUGUUCCGAUAUGUUGAAGCAAGGGGUUCGGCUACCACUAUCGCCGUUCUUGCAGGAAUGGAUUGCUCGGCUUGGUGUAGCUCCUCAUCAGAUGAACCCCAACGUGUACAGGACUAUGGUAGUCGUCCAGGCACUGUGGCGACGAGUGCAUGGGUCAGAGCCGACCAUAAAUCAAAUGUUGCACUGUUUCCUACUGAAGAGGAGUCCCCAACAGGUCGGCUUCUGGUACCUUCAGAGUGCGGUGGGAAAAAUGAUAGAGAGCAACCCCUCAUCCCAAAAGACAUGGAAACCGCACUGGUUUUACGCCUCGGGGGCGUGGGAGUUUCCAGAAGGUGCCGAGCCAAGGCAACCCAGGGUUCAGAGGCGGUUCAGAAUGCCAGAAUUGGAGCGAGCUCAUCUGUCAACUACCGAGCAUGAGCAGGUUGAGGAAGUUCUUGCGUUGCCGAGCACGGAGAGAGCGGCAGACAUUCUUCUAGCGAGUGAAGGGCUAAGCGAGUCAAUAGGGAUGAGGCGAAACCGAAACGACCAAAAUAUGCAGGCAAUGCUGAAGAAGCUGGCCAAGGGGACUUCAAGAGGAUCGGCUGGGGGUUCACAACCUGAUCGGGUGGAGGGAUCUCCACAAAUGUCAGUUGCUAGGAGCCAAGUCGCGAAAGCGGUUGCUACGCCAGCCCGAACCGGGCAGAAGAGGGGAGCCGAGGAACCUUCACAUCGGGAAACGUGGAAGAGGCGUGCCAAGGUUGAUCCGAGGCGAGAUACAGGGAAAAGGCCAGCAAGUUCAGCUGCACCUGAGUUAGGGAAGAGGGUAAGUGUGGACCCUGUCACUGGUCCGUUGGAGCCCUGGGUGGAUGAUGAACUAGCCUUAAGUUCCUUCCAAAGGGCAGCGAAGCGGGUAUUGAAGGUCGAGGUUGUAGAGCGCAUGUUUACCGAGGAGAUGGGGUACAGCGGUAUGACGAUGUCGGCUCUGGAGGACCAACUAAAGGCCACCUUCAAGCUUUUCGUCGCUGCUCAGAAUGUUAAUGCCCACCUGGAUUUUGACCGAGGCAAGCGGAAUGAGAAUGCCGUCACCCUUGCUGAGCUGAACAGGACUAUUGGGGAGAAAUCGAAAGUGGUUGAGGAGCUAGAGCUGGUUCGAGGUCGUUUAGCAGCGGAAAUGGAAAAGAACGCCGAGCUGCUGUCGUCGGUGAAUAAGCUUGUUGCAGAUAAGCGUGGGCUCAUCCUGGAGCUGUCCAAGGCACAGAAGGACCGGGACGAGGCCAAUCAGAAGGUUGAAUCUUUCCCCGCAGAGCUACGGUCCUGUUAUGAUGAUGCUGUGAAGGACUACCUCGGUUCGUCAGAGUAUCAAGAGAAGCUCACUGCUCAGCGGGUCGAGGGCUACUUCGACUUAAUUGAAAAAGUUGGAGAUAUGUACCCUUCUCUGGACUGGGGUUUCCUUAGAGGAGGAUCUGAGGGGGCCGAGGGCCAAGGCGAUCAGGGAGGCGAUGUCGAGGUGGCAAUGGAGACUUACUCCGAGGCGGUUGCAGAGGAGGCUGAGCCUGGCGCUGGGGACGGCGUAUCUCAAACUGCUCAAUUGUCCACUUACCCGACCCCACACGGCUAACCGGGUCAAGAAGUGGUGACACCCAUCCCUGAUUGUGUAAGGGAUGUUUAGGUGUUUUUAAGACGUUCCCUCAUGUUGAAACCUUUUGAGCAAUAUUUUUGUAGUUGGAACAAUUUAAACGAGCCUUUGGUCGGCUCGGUGAAUGUGUACGUGGAAAACAUAUCUUCUAUUAUUUAAUUGUUGUAACCCGUUUUCUUUACUUAUUGGAGUUGACUUUGGUU